CAUCUUUCCUGUGUGUGACGUUCAUUCCCGGAAGAUGUCCCUUCCCUCCUGACACGUAGCAGCCGCUACCGAAUUGGCAUCUCCCCGAGCGGAUUGUCGAACUCCGAGGUGAGAGAUGUCUGGGUUUGACAAGUUCAACACGGACUUCUACCAGUCGAGCUACAGCGUUGAUGACCAGAACCAGGCUGGCUAUGGAUACAACAAUGAAAAUCAGUAUAACAAGCAGUAUAGUCAAUAUGACUACUCUCAGCAAAUGGGCUACCCUGCCCCAGGGAUGAUGCAGCCCCAACAGCCAUACACAGGACAAAUCUUUCAGCCCACGCAGACGUACACCCCGUCCUCGUCACAAUCCAUGUACAGCAGCAGUUUUGAUGAUGAGCCCCCGCUACUGGAAGAAUUAGGAAUCAACUUUGACCACAUCUGGCAGAAGACUCUGACGGUUCUUCAUCCUCUGAAGGUGGCAGAUGGCAGUAUUAUGAAUGAGACAGACCUUGCUGGCCCCAUGGUCUUCUGCUUGGCAUUCGGUGCAACACUCCUCUUGGCCGGUAAAAUCCAGUUUGGCUAUGUGUACGGCAUCAGUGCAAUUGGCUGCCUGGGCAUGUACUGCCUGCUCAACCUCAUGAGCAUGACGGGCGUGUCGUUCGGCUGCGUGGCCAGCGUGUUGGGAUACUGCCUCCUUCCCAUGAUUGUCCUGUCCAGCUUCGGAGUCCUUUUCUCAUUACAGGGCCUGAUGGGAAUCAUUCUGACAGCAGCCAUCAUCGGCUGGUGUAGCCUGUCGGCCUCGAAGAUCUUCAUCUCUGCGUUGGCCAUGGAUGGGCAGCAGCUGCUGGUGGCCUACCCGUGUGCGCUACUUUACGGCGUCUUUGCGCUCAUCUCCGUCUUCUAGUGAUCACAUUUCAGGCUGGAGUGUGGUCUUAUUUUUUUUUUUACCCCUUCAACUUUUUUCCACCGCUCAAUUCUUCUUCCUCCUUGCGAUGGAGCCAUGAAAAAACACUGCAGAAGGGUGAGAAUCCAUUUGGGGCCUGCCUGUGUUUAAAUAGGACUGAAAUCAGCAAAUGCAGCAGAUUAAGAUUAGAGCCAGCAGGUGGCGCCACAUGUCAUCAUGUUGUAGAUGUCAUGUGCAUCCAUGGACCCUUGCGCCAAGGACAUCAUCAUCUUCCUCUGCUUCUUGACACAGAGUGGAAGAGGUUCUCUUGGGAUUCUUUUCUGUCGGGAUGCUUUUCGGCAAAACAAAACUCCACUUUGCACAAACACCCAUUUUAAGAGGCGAAGAUAGUUAACUUCAUUACGACUCAUUUGGACAUUCACGGAUAUGCCUCUCAAAGAUCUAAUUGGAUUCUUUAGUUCCUUGAUGUUUAUUUUUAGAAAGCACAGUUUUGUAUGCUUCGACGUGCCACGUGUCAUUCAUGUUAAAACGGUCUUUAAAAUUGUAUAUUCAUGCACAAGUGGUAUAUUGUCAAUAAAUGGAAGACUGAUAAAAAUGAUA